AUUUAAUAAUUGCCACUAUUUCUUAGUUCUCACUGCUAUUUCUUAAAAUAAAAAUUCAAGCUUAUCUUAGCCAGACAAAACCAAAAACCCCCAAGCCUUUCUUCCCACCUCAUCCCCCCCUAACCGAUAUGUACGGUAGUUUCUUUUAAAACAAUCCAUGCCCAAUUACUAUAAGUAUUAAUCACAUCUCAUUCUGUAAUUAGCCACUCAGAAAUAUUUUUAUGACUACCUUGUUUAUUAAAAGCACACAGGGUUGCUAAACCCUCUUUAAUUUCUGGGUUCUCUUUUAUCAUCCUAGUUUUAACUGUUCAUAGACUUCUGAUUACCAUAAUUAGAUAUGUUUAAUGGUGGUCAAUGAAUUAUUGCUUCAACAUUUAAUGGUCUGGGAGGUGAAUCCCUGCUUGUUACGUGCUUAUUAUUUUUUCCAGCUUCUGUUCAUCAUUAUCUGUGCUAGUAUUCCUAGCUAAUAUUCUUUAUUUGCUUCCCAUUAAAAAAUAUUCUUAAUUGUGUGAUCAGUUGGGAAUUUAGCUAUCCCCACCCCCCCACCCCCGCACCAUACAUUUUAUACAUUUGGUAUGAACUUACUAAUAGAUUUCUAGAGAAUUUUGAGAUUACACCUCACAACUCACCAUUUGAACGAAUAUUGUCACUAAAUGGCACAUCCUCUAAUAGAUUAAAAUCCCUUUGUCUGCUUAUUCUCUUCAUCUUUCUCUUGUCAUCAAACUGUCUUUCAUUAAACUCACCAGCAAACACAGCUCUCAUUCCUGGCAGUUCGCUGCUUACCAUCUCAUCUCCCUUAAUUAAUCAGAUUUGGGAAUCAAACUGGCACGGCCGUUGGCUUUGUGAUAAAAUUAUCCCAAAUUAGUUUUAGGAAAGAACAGGCCCCAUCAUAAUCUUUUGCCUCCAGCGGUGAGUCAUUGAGUUUGUGAGGUCUGAAGGAUCGACUGAUUUCUCAACGUUUUGCCGCUCAGUUGGGCCAUUAAUAAAUUGGGAAAAGGGGGUCCUUUUACUCUUGAGAGAUAACCGGGCAAUAAUUUGCAGAGGAAAAGCACUCCCUCCCAAGAGAUCAGAAGCAUCUAGAAGACUCAGAACCUCAAUACUAGAAAAGGGAAACUCUCCAUUCCAGAAUGUUCUAUUACCCAAAUGUGUUGCAACGUCAUACAGGAUGUUUUGCUACGAUCUGGUUGGCAGCAACUGGGGCAGCCAAACUCUUGAAACGGGAGUACCUGAAAGUCAAUGUCCCAAGAACCUGCGAGGAGAUCAUGGCCUUCAUCCUCGUCCAGGUUCCGCCUCCCGUGCCUGGGGCUCCCAAACCUCGCUUCUCGCUCUACCUCUCCGCUCAGCUGCAGUUUGGGGUCGUCCGCGUCUACACCCGUCAGUGCCAGUACCUUGUGGAGGAAAUCCAGCACAUCUUGGAACACCUCAACCGGGCCCGGCAGCAGAUCCGCAUUGACCUGACAGACCUGGAGCAGCCAGGGUUGCUGCUCCCCAACCAGCUGGCCAUCAUGGAAAUCCUAGAGGAAGCUCCCGAUCCAUUUUUCGGGAUGAUGGAGCCGGUGCUCCCCAGCCCUAUGUCCAUUCCCUAUGUCCGAUCCAUUCUGGAAACAGCCACCCCUGAAAGAAGCCCCCCGCAGCGCCUUCCUCCAUCUCCCUGGGACCAGAGGCCAGGAGAGCGGCCCAUCACAGUCUCCCUGGACACCAUCACUCUCAAAGAGGCAGAACCCAUCACUUUGCUGCAGAUUGAAGGCGAGCGAGACCUGCCUGAAAUCACAGUCCAGGAAAUCGACAUGCUGAUGGAUCAAGGGGAGUUUCUGGUGUCCGGGGAAGAGAAGCCUCGCCGGGUUUCCUCCAGAAAGAGGCGAGCAGAAGAGUCUGCCGAGGGAGUCAGAGAACAAGAGCUGUUGGUCUCCGCUGGGCUGUCGCCUCCCACAAGGGUUGGGGAGGAGCCGUCUGCUGCGAGGGAAGUAGGAGAAUCUCUGUUGACGGAGAAGAUUCAGCUCGCAGGAGAACCCCCUCUGCUGCCUUCAGAGGCGACCCCCCUCCAAGAGCGACCCAGAUUGCUGCCUUCUCCCCAACUGACCCCUCUCCGCCCCCAGCUGAAGCAACGCUCCCCUCCGAGCCCCAAGCUCCAGCUCCCUGCGUACGAGCCAUCCUUUCUGCAGCCCGGCAGGCGGCGGAGGCAGCUGCGCUUCCUGGAUCCGGUGACCCAGAUUUCCCGGGAAGAUUUCCAGAAGCAGAUCUUGGAUCCGCAGGGACAGUGCCAGCCCCUGGAGACUCUACUGCUGCCUCCGAAGAGGUUGAAGACUGCGGAGGAGCUCUUGGGAGCGCCAACUUAUGGAUGGCUGCACCCCACCCUCCAGGCCCUCUGGGCCCGCUGCGCCAACCGCCAGCGCGUAGACUAUGCCAGGAAGCGAGCAGCAGAGGAAACGCGGAGGAGGAGGGAGGAGGAGGAGGAAGUGCAGAAGGCCGAGGUUCCCAGUGAGCUGGAGGAGCUCCGAGCAGCUGAGGAGCCAAGCAUCCCGCCUGUCGGCUCGUCAGAGAUUUCCCUCGAGACGACUGAAGAAGAAUCUCGGCCGAGUUUUGUGGUAGCAGAGGAGAGGGUACUCCUGGAACCAGAGGAAGCGGCUCUGCCCAUCGUUCCUGAGCUCCCGGAAAUAAGUUUUGAGCUGCCCUUGGAUAAGAACAUGAUCACGGUGGACUAUGUGCGAAGGUUGAUCGCUGCCAAACUAGAACAGGCCGGAGUCACAGAAUUUGACCAGCUCCUGCCCCGGGCAGCUUCACGGGGUGUUGCCAGCCGGUUUUUCUUCACAUGUUUGGUGCUGGCUGCAGCCCAGUUCGUACACCUGGAGCAAGCAGAACCGUACGGACGGAUUGUCAUUACACCUGGAGCCCGUUUCCACCAAGGCUAGCGAGACCCUGUUGUUCCUGCUACGGAUCUUGCCCUGUGGAGGGUGCUGUUGGUGUCCCAACGUGGGGGACACACCUCUAGGAGUUAGAGAACUGCUUCCUUUGUCAAACAGUUGUACAGUUUUUUUAACGCCCCAGUUGCCAAAACCCUCAUUUUCCAAUUGAAUAAAUUGUGUUUUGGUUU